ACGUCACCAAGCUGCAUCGCCCGCGUCACACGGCAGCAACCCAACCCGCAGCUGUGUUCGGGGCGACGAACAAUACCCCGAGUAUCCGCUGCAUCGCCGCGGCCUUCCCUCUUCCUCCCCCCAGUCCUCUCCAUGAGCAGCAUGUAAACAAUGCAGACAUAGGCGAGCGGCAGGGGAACUCGGCACACCGCGGGGGCCACCAUGGAUUUCCAGCAGCUGGCGGACGUGGCAGAUAAAUGGUGCUCCAACACCCCCUUCGACCUCAUCGCCACCGAGGAGACCGAGCGGAGGAUGGAUUUCUACGCCGAUCCCGGGGUCUCCUUCUACGUGCUGUGCCCGGACAACGGCUGCGGGGAGAAUUUUCAUGUGUGGAGUGAAAGUGAAGACUGCUUGCCUUUCCUGCAGCUAGCUCAGGAUUACAUUUCCUCCUGUGGGAAGAAGACGCUUCAUGAAAUACUGGAGAAAGUCUUCAAGUCAUUCAGACCACUACUCGGUCUCCCAGACGUGGAUGAUGACACGUUUGAAGAAUAUAAUGCGGAUGUGGAAGAGGAUGAACCCGAGGCAGAUCACCAGCAGAUGGGGGUCAGCCAGCAGUAGAAUAUCUAGGAUAUUCCUUAUACAGAAAAAGAAAACAAACCCAACAUAUUGUAAUAGUAAACAUAUAUGACAAAAGUGCAGAAACCACUCAGUGAGCAGGGCAUCUGGCUUGCCAACAGCAGCGUUUCCAUGGGAGUUCUGUUGCUUUCCAUCACUAUUGAUCCUAUAGUAUCUUUUAAGGCUGUUGAGCUCAUUUUGAACAGCUCUACAAUGUGAUGAUUUUUAAGUGCUGGUUACUGAAUACAUGACAGUGGGUGUGUAAUUAUGUAAAUGUUGCCUAUCUAUGGGAUUGUUAUUGGUUCUAACUACAGGAAGAAGUUCAGCCAGAAUAUUGUUUGGUGAAAAUAAUUUACCCUCAGUGCGAAGUAAAUUGUUAGUAACAUAAAUCUACAAAAUUCUAUUUACAUUCAUUAUGUUCGUUUUCUCAGUUCUACAAAGUAUCAACAAUUCUAGUGCCAACACUGGUUUGCACACCCAUUUUAAAGUCUAAAUUUAAACAUGUUUAACGGCGAAGAAAUACUACAUAUAUUGGGUACUCUAUAUUGCCCCUAACUAGAGUGUAACCUGGGAUUUCUGCUAUAGUGUGUACCUGUGAUCUGGGGCCUAUGGGUAAAGGUUAAACAGUCUAUUAGAAUAACAAGUUUAUACUCUUGGUGAAGUAAACCCUCUUGCUAACCCUUAAGCGGACACGGUGUCUCUUUACUAAUCUGCCACUAAUUACUGUGGUCACAGAUCAUCAGUCCCACCAAAUAUGUUUGCAUUCAAAAACUGAAUUCUAUAGUUCAUUCAUUUGUUUUGUGGGGACAGAAUAGACAACAUAUAUGAAGAUGGCAACACAGCCCUGGAAAUUUGCAGUGCGUUAUACAUAAUACACGUUAGCAUGCUAGUAAUAGAUAAAUCCUGUCUUGUUCUGGUUUCUGUAUUCAGCUGUAAGCAAAUCAUACAAUCACGCUGUUGGGUAAAUAAUAAUAAUGUGGAUGCUGAUGACCUUCAUGGAUUUAUGAAAUAAUAAAAAAAAAAAAAGCCAGGUAGUGAGAUUAUAAUUGGCCCCCAAUUUAUGGUGAGUAGGGUCCCGUCUUAAACUGCAGACAGUAGGGUAGAGUCAUUGCCAGUCGUUCAACCCUUUACAGCUGGGGAAGUUGACUCCUUUUGGUUUUCUCACACAUUUCAUGAUCAGACAGGUUAGGAUAGGUCACUGCUAUACUUUUUGAAUCUUGAUCAUGUUUAUAGUCUGCUCUUGUGAGUAACAGCCCUCCCCUCCAUGUACUUGCUACUAUUGGGGCAGUACAGUAGCCUCAGUGCACCUAAACUGUAUCAUAAGAGAUAUGUUAUGAACAAGCUAUCGAAGUGUAAAAAACUCCUUCUGUUGUAUGUACCAGUGCUUUUCUGAUAACAGCCCAUGGUUACACAACAAACGCCUGUAUAUGUAAGAUGCUGGUGCCCUAUAAUGGGCUGCCUAAUUUGCACUGUUUUGGGUAAACUGGAAUUCACUACACGGAGCAGGAAAUGUAUACCUUUAUAUAUUUAGCAGAAAUGCUUAUUAACCACUCAUCGUAUUGUAUCAGAACACUUUCUGUGACAAGGACUUUGUAACAGCAAUGUCCGAGUUUGCCAUAUUAAUAGAGCAUGCAUAGGUAUCUUGCAUCCCAGACUCCUGUUGCUUUAUUGCUAGCGGGGCUGACGAUACAUAAUUUCCACCUCUGCAGCGAAGGUGGGGUGGGGGGGUCAGCCCAAUACUGCAUGUAAUCCAUUUGCAACUUUCCUGGAUUAUUGAUCUUUUUUUAUAUGCUCAUAUAUUUGACACACUGGGUAGAUUUUGCACUGCAACAUCAAAACAGGUAUUUAUCAGAUUUUUGUGUUGCAUUUUUAAUCAUGAAAAAAAAAAAAAUAGCCUAAAAUGG